CCACUGUCUUAUCCGGAACCACUGGAUGAAUUGCUGGGAAGGACUAUGGCAUUUAGAGUGAAGAUGCAGCCAACUUACAAUGCUGCAUCAGUACUUAAGGUGUCUGAGGAUGCAGGGAUCAUAAAGUUCAUAACAGAGCAACUUCGUAUGUACGAGGAAAAGACCAAUCACGCUAAUGGAGAGCAUGUUCUUGAUGACCAUGUUCAAUGUGAAAGUCAAUCUGUGUCCGCUACAGGGGAUUAUGACCCCAACGACUCAUCACCUUCUGUUACACCUUGCAAAAGAUCAAUGGAGAAGCAGUUUGAUGACCUCCAACCACAAGAUAAAGCUACACAGUUUUCAGCAACAAAGAUUGAAAAGCGUAUAAAAAAGGAGUAAAAAAUUAAGUUCAAUGGAUGGGCAUGGGAACAUUAUGAGAUUACC